AUGACGAAUAACCCCAGUAGCAGUAACAGUUACUUUGAUUAUUUAAGUAAAAAUGAGGAAGAAAAUGGUUUUCUAGAUGGAAUAUUAGAUGUCAAGAAAAUUAAGGAACAAACUAAUUUUACCUUAUCAGAAACGCAAAAUUUUAUUACUAAGUCUUUUUUAACCAAACUAUUUGAUAGGAAAAAUAUAAUUAAAUAUGGAAAAAUGAUAGGAGAAACGGCAGUACCAAUAGAGCAAACUAAGGGAGAUUUCCUAAUUCAAAUAAUAAACAGGGAACAAAUUAGGAAAAAAUUAUCCAAGUUACAACAGGAAGAAAGAAGUAAAAUAGCUUACAUUCACAUUAGCACGAUACAAAUCAUUCUAAAAUCUAUUACGAAAACAGGGAUAAGUGCACCUAUAGAACUAGAAAUAAGAGAUGAUCGACUCAUCAAUAGAGAAGAGAGUAUUAUUGCAAAAGGAAAGGGAAAUCUAGGAGUAGGAAUAAUCAAAUUCGAUAUUAAUUUACAACAAGGAAUUAGUUUAACAGAUGGGAAUCUCGACUCUUCCAUUAUUAUAAAGUAUGAAUUAAAAAGAAAAUAG